ACAUUUUUGACAUUGGGAUGUGUGCCCGAUCGGCUUUCAUCAGCAAAGUAGUUAGCGCAAUAUUAUAAGGAUAAUAUUUUCUUAAGUGUUAAAUUGUUUAAGACAUGGCAGAACCAAAAGCUGACAUUGCCCUCAUCGGGUUGGCUGUGAUGGGCCAGAAUCUCAUCCUCAACAUGGAUUCUAAAGGAUUUGUAGUUUGUGCAUUUAACAGAACAGUUGCCAAGGUGGAUCAAUUUCUUGCUAAUGAAGCCAAAGGAACAAAAAUUAUUGGAGCUAAAUCCUUAGAAGACAUGGUUGCAAAACUCAAAAAGCCAAGAAAAGUUGUCAUUUUGGUUAAAGCUGGGUCAGCAGUGGAUGAAUUUGUUUCAAAAUUGGUUCCACUAUUGGAGAAAGGUGAUAUAAUAAUAGAUGGUGGUAACUCUCAAUACAUGGACACACAGCGCUGGUGCAAGGAACUGAAGCCCACUGGGAUCCACUAUGUGGGGAUGGGUGUGAGUGGGGGGGAGGACGGCGCCCGGUACGGCCCGUCGCUGAUGCCCGGCGGCCACCCGGCCGCCUGGCCCCACGUCAAACCAAUAUUCCAGGCUAUCUGCGCUAAAGCGAACAACGAGCCCUGCUGUGACUGGGUGGGCGAGGACGGCGCCGGCCACUUCGUGAAGAUGGUGCACAACGGCAUCGAGUAUGGCGACAUGCAACUCAUCUGUGAAGCCUACCAUCUUAUGAAAGACGUUUUAGGUAUGGAUCAAGGUGAAAUGGCGCGUGUAUUUGAAGAGUGGAACAAAGGCGAAUUAGACUCGUUCCUUAUUGAAAUCACACGAGAUAUUCUCAAUUUCAAAGAUUCUGAUGGUAAAUACUUGCUGCCGAAGAUCCGUGACUGCGCGGGCCAGAAGGGCACGGGCAAGUGGACGGGUAUCAGCGCGCUUGAGUACGGCGUGCCGGUCACUCUCAUCGGCGAGGCCGUGUUCGCGCGCUGCCUGUCCGCACUCAAAGAGGAGCGAGUGAAGGCGAGCGGCGUGCUGCCCGGCGCGGCGGGCAAGUUCACGGGGGACAAGAAGGCGUUCCUGGAGCACCUGCGCAAGGCGCUGUACGCCAGCAAGAUCAUCUCGUACGCGCAAGGGUUCAUGUUGCUGCGCGAAGCCGCCAAGGUGCAUCAAUGGAACCUGAACUAUGGGAGCAUCGCUCUGAUGUGGCGCGGAGGCUGCAUCAUCAGGAGCGUGUUCCUCGGCAAUAUCAAGGACGCGUUCACGAAGAACCCUCAGCUGUCCAACCUGCUGCUGGAUCCGUACUUCACGAAGCACAUCGGCGCGUCGCAGGAGUCGCUGCGGCAGGUGGUGGCGCAGAGCGCGCUGGUGGGCGUGCCCGCGCCGGUGUUCGGGGCCGCGCUCGCCUUCUACGACGGCUACCGCGCCGGCGUCUUGCCCGCUAACCUGCUACAGGCCCAGAGAGACUACUUUGGCGCGCACACCUAUGAGCUGGCCGCGAAGCCGGGCGAGUUCAUCCACACCAACUGGACCGGCCACGGCGGCAACGUGUCCGCGUCUACCUACAGCACGUAGACAUGCAAACUGACUGCACACUGAGGUGGUAUUCAACAGUAGCUACAGUAAAAAGAGAGCAUUUUUCGUAUGUGUAUAUACCAACUUAUAUUAGAAAGAGUAAAACAUAUUUUUUUUAUAAAGGUAACCGUAAAUUUUGAAAACCUUAACAUUUAUAUCAUAAUUAAUCGUUUACCUAUACACAGAUACCUAAAUCCUCAGUUUACUCUAAGUAACAUAAAAUACCACUUUGAUUCAGCUUGCUCCAUUUCUUUUUGGUUUUUGAACUCUAAGGACAACGGAAUUGUAUGUUUUAGACAAGUGAAUUUAUUUGACGAUAACAGAAAGUAUGUACUACGUAAUAAACGAUUACUGUAUUUGAAUUGCCCCCAAUAAUUACAUCGCAGUCUUAACAAUUGUCUUGACUAAGCUAUCUUGAUAGUUUGCAUGUUUUUUCGUGGGGUGGGGCGAUAACAGCCAAGUACCUAAUACAUUUUUGAUACAUUCGAUUUUUUUUAUAUAGUGUGAGUAAUCCAUAUUAUUGUUGAUAUUGAGUGAAAACACAACAUGCUUUUAAUUUUAAGUAUAAGAGCCAAUGUUGUGUGAUUUUAAAAUCAAUUCGAAACUUUAUUUAAUUUAUUUAUUACAAUCAUUCCUACUAAUAACAUUCCUUUGUCAGUCAUAAACUGAAGACAACAUUACAUUAUUAUUAAACAUGGUGAACGGUAAAUUACGGGGUGAAAUGUAAAAUGUUAUUGUGAUAACUUACUGCGUCAUGAGACUCAUAAGUCAUAAGUGUUAUAGAGCUUCCUAUAUAAUAUUUUUUAA